GCAUCUCUCUCUCUCUCUCUCUCUCUCUCUCGUUCGCUCUCUCGCUAUCUUGCUCUCUUUGAUGGGGAACGUACCAUCGAUGCUGACUCAGUAUGACAUAGAGGAAGUCCAGGAGCACUGCCACUACCUCUUUUCGCAGCAAGAGAUUGUGGCAUUGUACAAGAGGUUCUGUCAAUUGGACCGCAAUUCGAACGGGUUUAUAGCUGCUGAUGAGUUUUUAUCCAUUCCUGAAUUCUCUCUCAAUCCGCUCUCUCAGAGAUUGUUGAAGAUGGUUGAUGGAUUGAACUUCAAGGAUUUUGUUGCUUUCUUGUCUGCUUUUAGUCCGCUGGCCACACCACACCAGAAGAUGGAGUUGAUCUUCAAAGUUUAUGAUAUUGACUCUAAAGGGAGAGUGACUUUCAGUGACUUGAUAGAGGUGCUUCGGGAUUUCACGGGAUCGUUCAUGUCAGAUAAGCAAAGAGAGCAAGUCUUGAGCCGUCUAUUGGAAGAAGCCGGUUACACCAGGAACUCUUCUCUUUUAUUGGAUGAUUUCAUAAAGAUUCUUGGCAAGUCUGGCAUGAAAAUGGAGGUUGAAGUUCCAGUUGACUAAAUUGGCCUUCCUAUACAUAAGAGGCUCCAAAUCAGACAAAUGAAGUGUCUGUCUUAUACGCUUUGUAUCCAUAAUAAGAAAUGUUCUCCGUUUUUUAUCUUGUAAAUUGAUUUUUCUUAUAGUUUCUGAGUUUAUUGUUGAAAAAAGACUGGCAGAUGAAUGCACAAGGAGAAAAAUUGGAGCAACUUUUUCUUA